AUGGACGACGCUCAGUCGUGUAUCGAUCACAGGCAUAAGAUUAUGGAAGAGCUUUUGAGCGGUAUGAUGAAGCUGAUGCAGGAGCAGAACGACGUGAUGAAGCACUUUCUGUCGGACAAGAGCGACACCCUGGAGAGAUCAUUAGUAUCUCAUGAGAUUCGCCAGGUCUUAGACAUCCUGAACAAGAUGAAUGAGAGGCAGGCAGCUGCGGCAGCCUGCGGUGGAACAAACGUGACCCAUCUGAGUCUCUCUUCACCGGCUCCUUUCGUCCCUGAUGCAAAUGCAGUCAGGGUGAAUCUCUACUGGUCCAUCUCGCUUGUCCUCAGUAUCUCCGUUGCAUCGCUCGGUGUCACGAGCCGAGUCUAUAUUGCUAUGCUCAGUCUCUCUCGUCAUCGACGGCCUCAUAAAGAGCUGGGAGAGCUUCAUCGACGUUGGGUCAAAGCUAACCAACUCCUCGGGCUCACCAUCGAAACACUCCCUCAGUUACUUAUUGCGCCUGUUGCGCUUCUUGUCAUCGGAAUCGUUGACACUCUGUUCUCUAAUGCGAUUCCAAUAUACGGCUCCACCGUACCGAUCUCUAUUGCGGGCAUUAUCUCGUGCUGUUGUAUGGCUGCUGUGGUGAUCUAUACGGUGUGGGCUGUUAUACAUGGGUGCCUAUAUCUGGACGUUUCCCCUUUCCAGUCCUCACUCUCACAAGCCAGUGCAAUGCAUCUCUUACCUUUGGUGGAUAAAGCCCGACCGCCCUUCUGA